GGGGCGUCACUCGGUGAUGUUCACAUUUGAAAUCCUGGGUGUGGACUGCCUACCACAGGACAGGCACUUUGGUGUGCACAGAAGCAGGAUUGUGGGAGGUGGUGGUUGCAGCUUCGAACAGUGCCCACAGGCAGCAGGCAACACAGCUCCUCCCCAAGUAAAGCGCUCACAGAGCACUGCAGGGGCCAGGAGAAGGGAGAGGCAUGCUGGCUCACCUCUUUGAGGUGGCCCAGGGCUUUUCAUUUGCUUGGGGAUAUGUCAUCAAGUGUGUAGAGCGCUCUGGGGGAAUGGCCUCCCGCAGCAGGCCUCAGCAGAGGAAGGUUGGGUGACUUCAGGAAUUCCCUGGCAGUCCAGUGGUUAGGACUUGUGCUUUCACUGCUGGGUCUGAGUUCAGUUCCUGGUUGGAGAACUAGGAUCCCCCAUGCCGUGCAGCAUAGCCAAAACCAAAAAAAGGCUGUUUGUGGGCCUUGGGGUUCUCACCCCAUGGAGUGGGCCUCACACAGGGCAGGGCUGGUUCCAGCAAGAUGUUCUCAGGCAAGCAAUGCCUGGGGAAUAGGAUGACACCCCUUUGAGGGCACAAUGCAGGCACAGCUCUAGAACCUUCCAUUCUAGAAUCUGCCCCUGCUUUCCCAGAGCCUGUCCAACCCCGUGCCAGUCCAUGGGUGUGUGGCUGUGUUAGCCUCCCUUCCCAUCUCUGCUCCUGUCCCAGAGAGGCUUCAGAAACUUGGCUGCAGCCUUGAGGGCCUGCAGGCCUCAGCUGGCCUCCUGCAGUCCAUCACCCCAUCGCUCCACAGCACAUUGCUCCAUCCGUCUACAACCCUUCACCCCAACCCUCUAACACAAGUCAGGCCUCAGCUGAACCUCCCAGAGCCCCUCCCCACAGCCCUGCAGGGUGCUGGGUAGCCCCAGCUCUCCCACAGAGCCCUGAUUUUUAUGAAGGCUGCUGGCAGGCAGAAGCUGGACCAGAGAGCCUUUCUGAAGCAGGUGCAUGAAUGCAGGGACAAGGGCUACCUGCUGUCCUUCAAGAAGAUUGGCUCUGGGGCCUUCUCCAAAGUCUACCUGGCCUACGCCACGCAGGAGCGCAUGCAGCACAACUCCAAGCUGGCCUCUGACCUGCGGGGCAAGCGCCACUCCAUGGUGGCUAUCAAGAUCGUCUCCACCGCGGAGGCCCCUGUGGAGUUCUCCCGCAAGUUCCUGCCCCGUGAGAUUUCAUCACUCAAUGCUACCUACAAGCACCUGAACGUGGUGCAGCUGUAUGAGACCUUCGAGAACAGCCGGCGCACCUACUUGGUGCUGGAGCUGGCGGCCCGUGGCGACCUGCUGGAGCACAUCAACGCCGUGUCCGCUCACCGCUGCUGCCCGGGACUGGAGGAGGAGGAGGCCCGCAGGCUGUUGUGGCAGCUGGUCAGUGCCGUGGCGCACUGCCACAACUCAGGCAUCGUGCACCGGGACUUGAAGUGUGAGAACAUCCUGCUAGAUGACAGAGGCUGCCUAAAGCUGAGUGAUUUUGGCUUUGCCCAUCAGUCCAGGUUCAAGAACACAUUGCUGAGCACCUUCUGCGGCUCUAUGGCCUACACAGCCCCAGAGAUCCUCAUGAGCAAGAAGUACAACGGGGAGCAGGCUGACCUGUGGAGCCUAGGUGUCAUCCUCUAUGCCAUGGUGACUGGGAAACUGCCCUUCAAGGAGCGCCAGCCCCACCGAAUGCUCUACCUGAUGCGCUGUGGCCCUGCCUUCCGGCCAGGCCUGUCCCCAGAGUGCCAGGACCUGAUCCGAGGCUUGCUCCAGCUGCGCCCGCGAGCUCGCCUGGGCCUGCAGCAGGUGGCCACCCACCACUGGAUGCUGCCCGCUGCACAUGCGCUUUUCUGCAUCACGCCCAGCACUAUACCAGAAAAACCAGAGAAGCCCCAGCUCCGAACGUCCCCGGACAAUGUGGAGACCAACACGAACUCCGAUCCCCCAAGGUCGCUCCUGCAACUGUGGCGACCCCAGCUACAGGGCACCUCUCAUGAGAGUGUCUCUGGUCUGGCGCCUGAGCCCCUAGGGGUUUGCCUGAGACAAGGUGCAGACUCUGCUAGGUUUGAGCUCUGGAGCAUGGAGAUGGCCGGUCACGAGGUGGGUCGCUCCAGGCAUCCACCGUUGUUAUCCUUCAUCCGGAGCGUGCCUGGGCACUACCUGGUUAGCUGAGGGUGGGCAGGAGGGCAGGGGAGAGGCCAGAUAAAGCAUUUAUUCUCUAGA